AUGGACAGCAAAAGGCUUUUCCCAGAAAUUUGGGCAGACGACAAUCAGAUGUCUGGACUUAUGUCCAUGAUAAAGGCACGGGAAGUGAAUCCAAAUGAUUAUGAUCGAAAAAUAGAAUUUUGGUCUGACAUGAUUGCAAAAUUAUGCGAUAGUGAAAAAAACUCAAUCUUCACUAUCGACAUAUUAAAACGGCGUUUUCGUCGGGGUGAUCAGCUACCAGGUUCUCUUGAUGUUGUUAUUCAACAUAUGCUUAAUACAGGUGAAAUUAUCACUUUGGAUGAUUACAAAGCCCGAAAUCAGAAUUGGCUUCAACGAGGAUAUAGGUCAUUCGUGGGAAGUUUAUGGGGUGCGGCCAAUGAUAACCAGACAGAAUAUGUUCAUCUCUUGACUGUUCAAAAACAUGCUAACAGUAUGUUGGAAUUUUUCCGGAGUGAAUAUGCUGUCGAUGAUGAUAUGCUGCCGGAAAUCGUCGACUCGGCAGAAUUUUUUGACGAAUGUAGAAAUUUGGUUGCCAACAAAAAAACUUACGAUGUAGCAUUAGCAGAACUUGUUAAUCGAGGCGAAAUAACGAUAGGUUCCUCUAAAAUAGGUGAAGAAAUUUUGAAAUUCCGUGACAAUGCCGCUCGUGGUCCGAUAAAGUGGACAGAAUCUGAUGCCAGUGUUCACGACAUGAGGAGAGCGAUGAGCAAAUUAGAACAGGAGAUCAAACGGUUGGAACUGAAAGCGAAGAAGGCUGAACAAGAUGCUCGCCUGUACAUACGUCAAGGUGACAAAAAUCAUGCUGCUCAUUAUUUACGUCAAAAGAAACGGGCUUUGAAAGAAGUUGAAGCUAAAGAUAAUCAGUAUCAAAGGCUUCUGGAAAUGAUGCAACAAUUAGGACGAACAAAGCAAAAUAAGCAAAUUUUGGAUGCAUACAAAGCUGGUGCUGAUGCUUUUAAAGCUGCUUUGCAAAGGCAAGGCAUUUCCCCUGAAGAGAUUGAUGAAACUAUGGAUAAUAUCGGUGAUGCGAUGGCAACCGCGGAGGAAAUUCAAGACGCUAUUGCUGCUGGUGUACCAUCAUCGGUUACAGAUGAACUUAAUAAAGAUCUGGAAGUUGAAUUGAAUGCCAUACUUGCUGGAGACAACAGUGAGCUAGAUUUACUGAUUAAAAAUUUACCGGAUGUAUCACCAGAAAAACCUUCCGCAGCAGAUCCUAUUAAAACUGCUAAUGUUACUGCAGAUGAUUCAAUCGCCGCACGUCUAAAAAGGUUACGUGAAGCUGCUUUACCAUAA